ACUGCAACUCAAAAUCACCUCUUAAACUAGUCUUUGCUUACUAAACUAUUCUCUUCAGUUACUUAAUCUCUUAUAAAAACCUUUCUUUUGAUCUUUCUCUCACUGAAACCAUGGCUCCUGAUAUCACCACCGCUGCUGUCAAUGCCACCACUGAGCAACCCAAAGCUGGUGGCGGAAGUGGCCGUGCCUUUGUUACUUUUCUUGCAGGAAACGGUGACUACAUAAAGGGUGUUGUUGGUUUGGCCAAAGGGUUGAGAAAGGUUAAGAGCAUCUACCCUUUGGUGGUUGCUGUCUUACCCGAUGUUCCUGAAGAACAUCGAAAGAUUCUUAACUCCCAAGGUUGCAUUGUCAGGGAGAUUGAGCCUGUGUACCCACCCGAGAACCAAACCCAGUUUGCCAUGGCCUAUUAUGUCAUCAAUUACUCAAAGCUACGUAUUUGGGAGUUCGUGGAGUACAGCAAGAUGAUAUACUUAGACGGUGACAUUCAGGUUUUUGGAAAUAUCGACCAUUUGUUUGAUCUACCUGAUAAGUACUUCUAUGCGGUGAUGGACUGUUUCUGCGAGAAGACUUGGAGCCACACUCCUCAGUAUCAGAUUGGGUACUGCCAACAAUGCCCAGAUAAGGUUCAGUGGCCCUCCGAUUUUGGUCCCAAGCCUCCUUUGUAUUUCAACGCUGGAAUGUUUGUUUAUGAGCCCAAUCUUACCACAUACCAUGAUCUUCUCCAAACAGUCCAAGUCACUAAGCCCACUUCCUUUGCUGAGCAGGACUUUUUGAACAUGUACUUCAAGGACAAAUACAAGCCCAUACCUAACGUGUACAACCUUGUGCUGGCCAUGUUGUGGCGUCACCCUGAGAAUGUAGAACUUGAAAAAGUUAAAGUGGUUCACUACUGUGCUGCGGGGUCUAAGCCUUGGAGGUUCACUGGGAAGGAGCAGAACAUGGACAGAGAAGACAUAAAGAUUCUUGUGAAGAAGUGGUGGGACAUAUACGAGGAUGAGACACUGGACUAUAAUAACAACCCUGUCAACGUUGAACGCUUCACCAAAGCGCUAUUGGAGGCUGGUGGCGUUAAGUUUGUGCCAGCCCCUUCCGCUGCAUAAUAGGCUUUGCUUGUUAUUAGAUUACAUCUAUAUACAAAGUCUAACGACAAAGUGUGUGUAUCGUCAUUUGCUUUUCGUUUUUGGGUCUUCUAAAGGAUCAAAGUGUAUGGUUUUAAUUUGGAUGACCUUCCUGUAUAGGAAGUCACGUAUCGUAAUAUAUAUACCUUUUUGAUUACUAGGAUUUAGAGGACCUUUUUUUUCAUGAGUCCGUUACUUUGUUUUCCUUCCUCAGGGGAUGUGGAUAUCUAUAAUUUUACUAUAAGGGAAAUUUUUUAU